UGGGGUCAUCUUCUUCUUAUCUUUCUUGGCAAAAACCUCUUCCGGAUCCGCCGACUGCUCAUCUGCUUCUUCUCUUCCUUUGUGAAAACCUCCGCCGCCGACCGCUUCAUCUUCUUCACUUUCUUUGCGAACACCUCUUCCUCCGAAAUGGGCAAGAGUGGACGAUUAAGGUCAGAGUUUCCAAUAAUCACAAGAAUUCUUGUACUUGGACGAUUGAGGAGGCAGGGUGCGGUAUUCACGGGAAGCCAUUUACUCUUGCUGCACCGAUUCAAUGAUUUCUUCAUCUCAAGUUUUGACAUCAAAGAUGUUGGUGAAGGUGGCCAACCUUUCAUGUAGUGAUGCAAACCCCUACUUAUAGGUAGUUCUAAGAAUCUACAAUGGAGCAAACCAUAAAUCUGAAUCACCUUUUGCUAAAUUGGUAGAAUUUGAAGAUUUGUUUCGAGAGAACAAUUGCACUCGUAGUCUCUCAAAAGCUUUUGGAUCCACCUUUUUGAAAUGGUUAUAAGACUACAAAAAUGUUCUGAAUGCUCUUUAUUGGUAAAUAAAGUUCCUCUCUUUGCAAAGAGUUUGUCAUUCUCAUUCUUGGGAAGGAAAGAAGUUUGUAUAUGAAGAUUAAUUUCACUGUCUUAGUUUCAAGGAUUUAGGCCAUUCAACGAAGCUCUAGUAGCUUUGUAUUCCACUCGAUGAUAUGUAUUUAAUGAACAAUCUGUGAUGAAGUUUUAGUAUUAGUUAUUGAUAUGCACUUAUCUAUCC